GGAAAAAAGAGUUUCUGCCUAAAAGAUUAGGGUUUUGCUGCAAUUGAAGAUUGUGGGCAUUUGACUCCAUCAAACACUACAUCGGAGCAUUGCACUGUAUCGAUUAUCGGCAUUGUCCUCGCCGUUGUAUCUCGUUCAACCCCAUGCCUAUAAAGUGGAUUUUGCACUGGCAGCCCAAUGCGGGACACACCGUGAACAGUCAGAUACUGGCUGAAGUUUCGCAGUGUGUUGAGAGCAUCAAUGGUGUCAAGGAAGGAAAAUGGAAAGCCACACUCAGCUUCUACAGACCCGUUCUCAAAGAACAAGCGAAUCCAUCAGAAUUCCCACGUGACUUUCUGGGAAUAUCACUACCAGAACAACCAAACAAAUACUACCUUGUUUUAAGAGGACAAAGAUUAGUUCUUGAAGCAGAUUCCACCAUCCAGACUAUAAUGGAAAAGCUCCAGUCUUACAAAACUAGAGUAGCACUCAAUUUUGAGGGAUUUCAAUAUCAACUUGGUGAUUUCCAAUUGAGGGUGGGUAAAGUCGUUUCCAUUCAAUCAGAAAGUUUAAGGGGAAUUGUCAUGGAGAUGGAAUAUCGGCCAAUUUCUUCAUGGGAAAAGUCUCACAAAAUCAUGGGUGAGUUUUUUGACAUAUGGCAAGAAGCUCUAUCAAAAAGAUCAUUAGCAGGUCAUUUUGUCCACAUGGAACCAAACUUUGGGGAGUUUGGCUUAUCUGGACAAUACACCUUGCAACACACAGCUGUUCAAUAUGCAACAAUCAUGCUUCAGAUGAUAGCAACUGCUCAAUCAGUUAGAAACUAAUGUUUUCACUAAUUGAAGAUAGCCAUUCUCCUCCAAUUUCUGGGAUAGAAGAAAAAUAAUCCAGAAUUUCCUUGGAAACAUCUGGAGAAGUAGUAAUAGUUGAAGAACCUGAUAACAUAUCAUCUGCUUUCACCAUUUGAUCAUUUAGAUUAAAGGAAUCUGUGAAAUCCAUGUUGAAAACAUUCGAUAAAGAACAACUACCACCUUCAUUCACAUCAAGAUUGAAACUUGAUGGAUGAAUAAUAUUGUUAUUCUCUUCAUGGUAGAAGAAUGGAAACAUUGAUUCUGUUGUCUUCAUCUCAUUCACACUCACACAUUCCUUUUCUUUCCUUUUAACAUUUUCUUGAGAAUUAGAAACAGAAUUAUCAUGAUGAUUCUGAUUAUAAUGAUGAAGAUCAUGAACUUUUUUAGCAAGAGUGGUGUUCCAGUAGUUCUUUAUUUCAUUGUCUGUUCUCCCUGGAAGCCUCCCUGCAAUAAGUGACCAUCUACACACACAUACCAGAUAACCAAAACAAGUAACAUCAAAACAUUUUCAUGGUACAACUCAUAAUGCAUAAUGUACACCCCCACCUGUUUCCCAAUAGUUUAUGAAGCCUGAUAAUAAGAUCUUCUUCAUCACAAGAAAUGUUUCCUCUCUUUAUGUCUGGUUUCAAGUAGUUCAGCCAUCUCAACCUGCAACUCUUUCCACACCUCUUUAAACCUGCAAAACAUUACAC